AGAAUUACUGCUCAAUUCCAACGCGGACUUCGAACGGGGAGCUUGCGCGUGUUUCAAUUGUUUUUGUUACCGAUUAGAUGUUUCUUCUUGUCGUCGCAUUUAUCGGUCGGUAUUAAAGACGUGAUUAAUUUACAUAUUAAGUUAUUUAGGUGCUUGUUUAGUGGCGAAAAUACUAAUUUUGUCUAACAGGAAAGCUAUUUUUCUACAACAAUAACACAAUUUCGGAACUCCCAAAAAUGAAAAAGAAUGUAAUAAUUUUAAGAUCUUACCAGUGAAUGGAGUGCAUUGCCUUGGUGCAAAAAAAUACAGCGACAAUUUUAUAGUUUUUAAUAUAGAAUUCUCAUAGUUUUAUAAACUUGUGUGCAAACGUAAACUAAAGCAGAAGCAAAUGGUAACAUAUAGCAAAUAAUAAUCGUAAACUAAUAACUCUACAUCUAUAUCUGUGCUGAGGUUUUGCUUAGAGAUAGAAAACGCUAAAAAUACAAAUUGUCAUAUCCGAAGAUUUUGUGAUUAUCUCCCCUCCUAAAUAAACUGGCAACAUGGAUCCCGACUGUUUUGCAAUGUCUUCGUAUCAGUUCGUCAAUUCUCUCGCUUCUUGCUAUCCCCAACAAAUGAAUCCUCAGCAAAAUCAUACGGGCAACCCCACCGGCGGAGCAAGUGUCACAAACAGUAAUGGGGGACCUGUUGCAAGCGGCAGUGGCAGUGGUUCGGGGGGACAGAGCAAUUCUGGCGCUGGUACACCUGGCGGCAAUGAUUACUUUCCAAGUGCUGCUGCCUAUUCACCAAAUUUAUACCCAAAUACACCGCAGGCCCAUUAUGCCAACCAGGCAUCAUACAGUUUAGGUGGGACAAGUGGGGGUGGCCAACAAAAUCCCGACAUGGUGGACUACACUCAAUUGCAGCCGCAACGGCUGCUUCUUCAACAACAGCAACAACAUGUACAUGUGACGGCGCAACAUGCCGCCCAACAGCAGCAAUCACAUCCGCAACAACAACAACACACCCAACAACAACCAGCGCAACAACAAACCAAUCAUAAUUGCAAAUAUGCCAAUGAUCCCUCAACGCCCACCGGCAAUAAUAACAAUACUAAUACCAGCAACAACAACACAAACACUCAAUCUUUAGCCAGUCCACAAGAUCUGUCGACGCGAGAGAUUUCACCGAAACUAUCACCUACGUCGGUGGUGGAGAGUGUGGCAAGAUCGCUAAAUAAAAGUGUUUUAAGCGGGAAUCUGGCAGUGGCAGCAGCAGCGGCCAACAUAACAAACACUCAUGGCGGAGUCGGUGGCGGCGGUGGGACUGGCGUGAAUGUCAACGUCAACGUAAAUGUGCCAAUGCACAGUCCUGGAGGUGGGGACAGCGACUCGGAAAGCGAUAGCGGCAACGAGGCUGGAAGUAGUCAAAAUAGUGGCAACUGCAAGAAAAACCCACCUCAGAUCUAUCCGUGGAUGAAAAGGGUACAUUUAGGACAAAGUACUGUUAAUGCCAAUGGCGAGACGAAACGACAACGGACCUCAUAUACCCGCUAUCAGACGUUAGAGCUGGAGAAAGAAUUUCACUUUAAUCGAUACCUGACCCGCCGAAGGCGUAUUGAGAUUGCCCACGCGCUAUGCCUCACUGAACGACAGAUCAAGAUCUGGUUCCAGAAUCGUCGAAUGAAAUGGAAAAAAGAGCACAAGAUGGCUUCUAUGAAUAUUGUACCAUAUCACAUGGGUCCUUAUGGGCACCCUUAUCAUCAAUUCGAUAUUCAUCCGUCACAGUUUGCCCAUUUGAGUGCAUAGGACGCGUGGCACUUUUCGGGUACUGGUUAGAGACUCAAUCAGUUGUAUCAGGAACCAUAUCAGACGGCGGCAGCAGCUAGUGUAGCAGCUGGCGGAUAUCAGACACAAAACACACAAGAAUCUAGCAUAGCCCUGGGCGGUGGUGCCGGCGUUGGGGUCGCUACUGGCAGCGGUAACUCGCUAUUCGCUUCUGCGACCGCCCCCAAUGCUGAAUGUGUCAAAUAUCCACAAGAGUUCUGAUCUCAAAUUAUCUUCAGAGAACAUCAACAGCAAUUGCAUCUCCAACAUGAACACGAACUUCUACAGCAACAACACCAAUACGAGCAACAAUAUUUAGAGCAACAACCGCUACAUCAUCACCACAUCCACCAGUCCGAACGUAAUUCCAUUCUGCAGCUCUGCGAAAGUAAAGAAUUGUGCGAAGAUGCAGAAACUACAGAUCUGGAGUUCAAAGACGAAAUCGUUAGUGGUUGUAAUAUGUAUUGUUGUUGAGAGAUGACAAUGUUGUUGUUGCAAUAAAGUUGUAGAUGCCUUCGAGACUGCUGCUAAUGCUGCUGUUAGCGACUGCUAACAACAAGAACAACGAUGAUAAUUUCUGAAUGCAACUGAUUUGUGUUAAGCAAGCAACGAGCCUCUAAAAAUGAAUAUAGCUUUCGUGGAACUUUGGCACUUAUCGCCGAAACUUCCAAGAGUGGCUCGUGCAGGUUUAUGAUACUGGUCAGCAACAGAGGAAUUUAGUUUCAUUUGGAAUCUUGUGAAUUCGUGAUGUUCACGUAGAAAAUCUUCCCCUUUAUAAGUUAUAAGUACCUCAAUGGACUGACAAAGCUUUAAACUAAAGACUUUGCAUUUCCUCCUCUUUUUCGUAAAAUUGCGAAAACCGUCCAGUAUGAUAAACCGCUAUAUUCUCUAAGCAGUAUUCGAAAAGCAAUUAGUUUUAAGGAAACCAUCAGCACUGCCGGCCGCUCAAAACUGCGAUGAUUAGUAUAUUUCCAAAGCUGAAUUAUUAGAAAAAUAUCUGGCUAAAUAAAUUUUUGUAUUUUUUUUAUAAAUGGUAAAAAAUGAAGGAAGGGUAACAUCGACGGCAGUGCUGUGUUAGUUUAAAUGUAGUUUAAUCUCCAGUGUGCAGAAUAAUACAGUGAUUCUCGAACUGUUUCAGUAAAAGUUUUCAGUUUCAGAAUUAAUUUUUAUCUAUCAUAUCAGUCCCAGUCCCUCUCAAACUUCAGUAUUUCAAAAAAACAUUUGAUUAUUACUGAAAUUAGCGGAGAUGUGUUGACAAUUUUAAAAGCGACGAAGUCUUUUAGUAUGAGCCGCAGUACUUAAUUUUAUUUAAUAGUAUACAAACCCCAUAAUAUUUUAUUUAUUAGCGUACUCAUUUUUGUAAUGUAAAAUUAUUUUCAUGUUUGUAUAUAUUGAAAGUAUCUUUAUAAAUUUUGAAUUUUUUAUAAUAUAGCUUUAAAUUGUUUUUGUUGACUCUGAACUUUCAGAAUUUCCGGGCACUAGCAAAGUUCGCAACUAGUACGUGAUUUUAGAAAUCUUUUAUAAAUAAUAACUCAUUAACCAAUAACAGAAACAAAUUCGGGGAAAACAGGUCAUGUUUAGUAGUCAAUAAACAAAAAUUAAAUAUAAAACUGUACUGAUAUUCAAACUUAGAAAACGUUUGCCAGAAAUUCUCAAUUUUGCUUUUUUGUGAAAUUUGUAGAGACCAUUCUAUUCAUAUAUAAUAUGUAUUUUAUUAUUGUUAUUAGUAAAUAUGAAGUUGUCACCCAUACGGACUUUGAAGUAUUUCUUUUUAAACCAAUUCCAUACCUGCAUAAAAAUUACAACAAUACUUUUUUUUAGUUUAGAAUAAACUAAGUUGCAACUUAAACUGCAAAAUUAGACACUACUAACAAACAUAUUUGUAACGAAUAACUUGAAAAAUAUAAAUACUGUACUAAAAUCAUACAUGUACAUAAAUAGGUUUAUAUUAAUGUGCGACCAUGUAAGUAGACUUUUAAUUAUCUAAUUAUAAGGUUAGUGCAUUCGUAUCAAAUAUAUUAUAUAAUAUAUUGGGAUAAUCUAAAACAAAUUGAAAAAAUUGCUUCAUCUAUAAGUAAUUCAGUUAAGACAAGGUUAAUUUUAAAAACAUUUUAGCAAAAAUUGUUCGUAUUGCGAUUUUUAUUUCUACAAUAAAGUCGUUUUAUCUUAGUUUAGUAAGGCGAAAUUCGAUUCAUAAGAGAUUUGCAAUAUCAGUAUAAAUGGCGAUUAAAAUAUCGAUAGAUAUAAGAUGGCUAAGUAAGUCUCAAAUGUAUGUAUGUACACAGUUAUCAAACCAAUUUGUAUAAAAAUGCUGCAUUCCAUGUAAAGAAAUUAAAGUGUAAUACAUAAUAUAUGUAUCUCAAAAACAAUUUCAAUGAACGCACUAGUUUAGCAAUCUGGCUUCAGUUUAUAUUUCCAUAUUUACCUACAUAUGUAUUAUGUAAUAUGCGUGCGUACACACAAACUCGUACAUAUGUAUGUCUUUAGAUAAAUCAAUUGCCAGGAUGUAGUGCGCAAUACAAAUAAACAUACGAUUAAACAGUGUAAGAUUAUAUUAAUGCAAUACUUAGAAAACUAAGCUAAGCAUAGAUUAAAAAAUUAAAAAGAACAAAAUGAAUAAAAUAUUUUAAAAAAUUUCAA